AUGAACGGGAGACUCGAGAAGCGGGAGAGGGAGCUCAGCGGCGAGAGAAUCCCCAUUCAUACCCUCCCCCUCGAAGUUCUCCACAACGUCUUCAGCUGCGUCUAUGCUGCCUCACAGAUCACCCCAUCCCACCUCGGCGCUGGUCUCCCCCGAGACAGCUUUGUGCGCCCCACGAAGACGACUCACACCGCAUGGACCACUCUCCUGGCAGUAUGCAGCCUUUGGCGCAGGUUCAUUUGCUCGACACGCGAGUACUGGCGUUGCAUUCACCUCCAUUCCCCGCGCACCGACUGGCUCAAGCUCUGCCUCGAGCGUGCCAAGGCCACCAGCCCCUGCCUCGAUAUCUACCUCCAUGGCAUCAACGGCCCCAGCGCGCCAUCCACCCUCAACAUCCUUCGCCAACACUCUCAAUAUCUAUGCACUUUGUCGCACGACGAGAUGGGCAUGGAAUGGGCGCGUGCGCUUCGUGAGUUCUUGUCCAGCGACCCGCCUCUCCGCACUCUUACGAUCUCCUGUGUGCGAUGGCUCAACCCCAUCGCCUUCGACAUCCCCUCCUUCGUCCAUCUGCGUACUCUCGUCCUUCGCUACGUGGAUCCCAUUGUGGACCAGUCGCUGUAUGCGCAGUUGGAACACCUGGACCUCUCUGUGGCUCCAUGGACGUCUGGUUGGAAUGAUCUCCACGAGAUCCUAUCGACGUGCACUAGCCUGGUUACACUCUCCCUCCGCUCGUGCCUCAACCACCUCGACAGCAUCCCUCUCUCCACUGGCUUGCAGCCAGUCACCCUUCCACGUCUCCGCAGCCUGCGUCUCGACCACCCUACGGACAUCCACAAGCAGCUGCUCUCAUUCCUCCGUCUUCCAAGCAUUGUGCAUAUCCACAUCACGGAAGACCUCAUGGGAGUUAUCAACUCGGGCACAUACCGCGGCUUCUCCUCCAUCCUCUCCGCCUGCGAUGAACAAGGCCUCCCCGCCAUCUUCCCCUUCCUCAAGGACACUUCCACUAUCGAACUCUCCACUCUCAACCAGUUCCUCUACACCUUCAAAGCGUCCCCCCGCGCCCCCGUGAGCUCCACGGACGACUGCGCCUGCACCCUCAUCCUCGCGACCGAGCACGACUUCAAGGGCGUGUUCCAACGCAGCGCGUCCCAAUGCGUGCGCGACGUCGCGUACAUGCUCCCCGGCGCGCGUGUCACCGCGGUCCACCUGUCGCUCGCAUUCCAGGACAUGACCUCGGCCGACUUCGCCGCGUUUUUCCGGGGGUUCCCGCACCUCACCGACCUGCGCCUGGCGGGGCAGGGGUCGCUCGCGCCCGCGCUGGAAGCGCUGAUGUCAUCCCCCGCUGACGACUCUGGCGAAGACAGCGAAGCAAACGCGGGGGCCGGUGUCCGGUCGUCGAUAUUCUGCCCCGGGCUGCAACGUCUCGUCAUUGGGACUCCGUGCAAAGGCGAGAACGCUCUGCUCGUGGCCCUUGUGGACGUGCUCGAAUGGCGCACCGCCCGCGACGCACCGCUCCAGACGCUCAAGAUGACGCUGAUGUACAGCGACGAAGACGCCUUCCACGGCGCGCAGACGCGGUUCCUGCCUUCUCUCGAGGCGUCUGUCGUCGGGACGGUGACAUGGGAGUACGUGGAGUACGUGGACAGCUUCACGCGUCAGAUUUGGGGGAUCUGA